GUUUGUCCUAUUGAUGGUAAAAACAUAAACACUUCCCUUUUUCUUCUCUUUGUUUUUUUUUCUUUACAUACCAAGAGAAUACCAAUAGCAAUGACCCAGCAACAAGCAUUAGGCAUCAUUUCCAGAGAUAAAAAGGACUUGAUUCUGGAGCAAAUCAACCACGAUAAACAACUUGUCAUCGCGCAUGACAAGCAAUUUGAUUUAUCUAUCAAAUCAGCAUUGGACGUCUUUAAACAACAAGUCAACAAAGCACAAUCUGUUUAUGGCUUUGUCUUGGAGGGUCCAAACGCUAUUCAAGCUUUGUCAGAAAUAAUGCAGCGAUAUGACGAUAGUUCUUUUGUUCACGCAACUCAAGAUCUGGGAAAUGCACAAUGUGAACUAAAUUGGUUCAAUAAAGUGCUACUAAAUGCAGGAGCAAAUCAAAGCAGCAGUAAAAAACAACAGCCAAUAGGAAAGAAGCCAUUAAAUGUUUCAGGUACUCGAUUGAGAAAGACGCCUUCUGGCUUACGUAGCACAAACGCACAACAGCAGCAACAAGUAGCAAAUAAAAGCAGUCGUCAUUCCCUUUCUUCCUCUUCCUCCUCCUCUUCUUCUUCUUCCAAUACAACAAAGACACCAAAGAAAGCUAUCAAAAAGACGAAUACUACUACCACUACAACUACUACCACAACUACUACUAUGGCAACUGCUCAAAUCUAGUCUUGCAGUAAGUCUCAUAGAUAGCUUGUUAUCAUCUGAUCGUCUAUAUAGAGCUCAACUCGUCCCACUAAAAGGACUUCUUCCGCUGGUGUUACAUCUAGUGCUAACUCUAAUUUGAUUGAUAAUCAUGCCACUGUUAGACCAUCACCUACAACAUCUAGAAGAGGAGCAUCAACAACAGCAACGAAAAAGGCAUUAUCAAGCACUGCCAAAGGAGGUGUGUCUAAAAAUACACCACCUGUUUCUGUUUUAACUGGACGUACUCGAAAGCCAAGUCGAUUGACUGCU